AUGCAAAAUGAGAGAGAAGAGAAAACACACACAUACAAGGGGCCUAAUUAAAUCCACAUACAGCAGUAAAAGGAUCUGUUCAGUGAACAAAAAGGAGGUGGGGAGAGAGAGGGGCUGCACAGGCACACCCCUCCUCUCUCUGUAGGGAACACCCUGCAGCUAAUUUUAGGAGGGGCUAUUCUCUUCAUUGGAGUAGGUUUUUUUUCUCUUCGUUUUUUUUUUUUUUGGUUUUUCAAAGUGAGUUUGCAUCCUACCAGGUCCCACUUCACAUGGUCCCAUAAUCCGGCAGACAGUAUCAGCUAGCCAUGCAGUGCUCAGGGGAAACGCGUGUCUGGCUGUCAGUCAGCCUCCUCCUCACCUUCGCCUCGGUUCAUGGAUUUAACUUGGAUGUGGAGCAGCCUGCGGUGUAUACUGGAGCAGAAGGCAGCCUGUUUGGCUUCUCGGUGGAUUUCUACCUCCCCAAUAAGCAGAGUGUCAGCAUCCUGAUUGGGGCUCCAAAGGCAAACACAAGUCAGGCGGACGUGGUUGAAGGAGGCGCAGUGUACUAUUGUCCGUGGCGGAGGAAUGACAGUGACUGCACACCAAUUCAGUUUGAUACAAAAGGCAACCGUGUUCAUGAGUUCCAGCCUAAGGAUGGUAACAAAACGGCACAUCUAGAACAGGUGGAGUUUAAAUCGAAACAAUGGUUUGGAGCAACUGUCCGCUCACACAACCAGUCUAUACUGGCCUGUGCGCCCAGGUACAGCUGGAGAACAAUAAAAGAAGAAAGACACAGUGACAUUGUGGGAACUUGCUACUUGUCUUUUGACAAUUUCACCAGCUUUGUGGAGUAUUCACCGUGUCGCACAGAUUUGAACUCUGAAGCAGGUCAGGGCUACUGCCAAGGUGGAUUUGCUGCUGAGUUUACAAAGAGUGGCAGAGUAUUAUUGGGCGGGCCUGGCAGUUACUUCUGGCAAGGCCAAGUGAUCACAGCAACGCAACCUGAAAUCAGGGAUUCCUUCUACCCUGAAUACUUUAUCCUAGACAUUAAAGGACAAAUGAAGACAAGUCAGGCUCACGCUAAUUAUGAUGACAGUUACCUAGGUUAUUCUGUAGCUGUUGGAGAGUUCAGUGGAGAUGACACGGAAGAUUUUGUGGCUGGAGUCCCCAAAGGAAAUAUGACCUAUGGAUAUGUCACCAUCCUGAAUGGGACAAACUUAAAAUCCCUGUAUAACUUCUCUGGAGAGCAGAUGGCGUCGUACUUUGGCUACUCUGUUGCAGCCACCGAUCUGAACAGCGAUGGAUUGGAUGAUCUACUGAUAGGAGCCCCCCUGUUUAUGGAGAGGACCCAUGAUGGCAGAAUUCAGGAGGUUGGACGGGUCUAUGUCUACCUACAGGAUGACAGUAUGUCCAGCAUCCCAUCUGUGGUGCUGACGGGACAGCAGGAGUAUGCCAGAUUUGGCAGCUCCAUUGCUACUUUAGGAGACUUGGAUCAAGAUGGCUUCAAUGAUAUUGCAGUCGGGGCCCCAUUUGAAGGCAGAGGGGUGGUGUUUAUUUACAAUGGUCAUGCUGGGGGUCUGAGCGCAAAACCAUCUCAAGUACUGAAAGGAGUGUGGGGUUCUCCUACGGCUCCCGCUUUCUUCGGCUUCUCCGCCAGAGGAGGCAAAGACCUUGAUGGAAAUGGCUAUCCAGACCUUAUAGUGGGAGCAUUUGGUGUCGACAAGGCAGUGGUGUACCGGGGGCGUCCAAUUGUUCAUGCCAGUGCCUCUCUGUCCAUCUCAUCGUCAAUGAUUAACCCAGAUGAGAAGACCUGUUUAAAUGAAGGCACUGCUAUGCGAGUAUCCUGUGUAAACCUUAGUUUCUGCCUGAACGCAUCAGGAAAACAUGUGCCAAAUACAAUUGGGAUUAAUGUAGAGCUGCAGCUGGAUUCUAUGAAGCAGAGAGGGGCUGUGAGGAGAGCACUGUUCUUGAAAUCUGGCCUUCCUCACAUGACUCAGAGUGUUCUCUUACACAAUGGUGGCCAGGAACAAUGUAGUGAGAUGAAGAUCUACCUCAAGGAUGAGACAGAAUUCCGGGAUAAGUUAUCUCCGAUUUACAUCUCUCUGAACUUCUCCCUGGAUGCGCAGGCCCCUACUGAUGCUCAUGGGCUAUUGCCAAUCUUCAAUUACCAGACUAAGAACCACAUUGAGCAGAAGGCUCAGAUUCAGCUGGACUGUGUUAACAAUAUCUGUGUUCCAGAUCUGAAGCUCAAUGUAUCCAGUGAUCGGAAAUCCGUGUAUUUGGGUGAUGAGAACUCCCUGACGUUGCUGUUCAAUGCCUUGAAUGAUGGAGAAGGUGGAGCAUACGAGGCAGAGCUCUAUGUCAUCCUGCCCUCAGAGGCAGAAUACAGUGGUAUCGUGAGAAACAAUGAAAACCUCUCUCUGCUACCUUGUCGCUAUGAGCUGCAGAAUGAAACCCGCCUGGUGAUCUGUGACCUGGGAAACCCAAUGAAGCCUACGACUAGUCUUUGGGGUGGGUUGAGGUUCACUGUGCCGCAUCUUCGAGACACCAGUCAGAAAGUUCACUUUGACUUUCAGAUUCGCAGCAAAAACGCCAAUAACUCCCAGAGCGACCUUGUGCAGCUAUCAAUCAAUGUUGAAGCUCUUACGUCUGUGUCAUUUUUUGGGGUUUCAAAGCCAGAUAGCGUUAUAUUCCCACUUGCAAACUGGAAGACAAUCAGACAACCCACUCAGGUGGAAGAAGCAGGGCCAGAGGUUAAUCAUGUGUAUGAGCUGGCGAACCUGGGACCAAGUUCUAUUAGUCAUGGUAUCUUAACACUGAGUUGCCCAAUGAUGCAUGUUGAAGACCAUGUGAUGUAUGUUAUGAACUAUUCUGUGCAAGGCUUGGCCAACUGUACCACUAAUCAACCUGUCAAUCCACUUCAACUGCAGUAUUCAAAGGAGCAAGACUCGGCGAAGACUGCCCAUCACGUGGAACGCAGAGACACUUCCCGAGUCCCUGCCGGAGGGUCACAUGUUCUGAAAUGUAAUCAACACCACAAAGGUUGCUUCCACCUUCGCUGUGAUGUUGGGGCGCUGGAGAAGCAGCAGCGGGCAAUCCUUAAAGUCCAUUUCCGGGUCUGGGCACACACUUUCUUACAGAAAGAGAACCAGGGAUUUGCUCUGCAGUGUGAAGCAGCGUAUCACAUUCAGCGGCUACCGUACAAAAUCCUGCCCGCAAAGUAUCCACAGGGAACACAUCAGGUUAAUACAACUAUUCACUGGCUGAAACCAGAGAGCAGUUAUGGUGUACCGCUGUGGAUCAUAAUACUGGCCAUAUUAAUCGGGCUGUUGCUGCUUGCCUUACUUAUUUAUGUUCUAUACAAGCUUGGUUUCUUUAAACGCUCCUUGCCCUAUGGAACUGCUAUGGAAAAAGCUGAACUCAAACCCCAGGCUGCCUCUGAGGCCUAGACUGCGCAUAUGGCCUCAUCCCUUGCACUGCCAAAAAAUCUCCAAAAGGGAAGGUGAAAGAACAGUCGCCACUCAUCUUUCAAGUUGACACUACAUUGUCUGGGAGGGAGACAAAAUUUCACAUGUUUUUCCACAAAUGUUUCUGGGUGUUUUGAAAGGACCUGUUGCCGCUGGAACACUAUGACUGAAUCGCCCAGGGUUCCACUGAAUGCAAAGUGUUUGAGUUCAAUGGUGAGGACAAAAUAAUAAAAUAAAAAUCAUGACUUCCCCCUUCAGAUAGUCCAAAACAGGAAUGUGCGUGGAAGAUGUGUUGGUCCAUCCCGAUCUAAACCACUUUUUUUGGUGCUGGAUAUCACCUGAUUUUCCUGUUGUGUUUUUUUGGUUCACUUUUGAAGUUGCCUUCGGAGAUGCAAGAAGCAAAGUAUAGACAUUGCCGAUUGCUGCCUCACUUUGUGUACAGCGUUGAUCCUCCUUUGCUCAGAUAUGACUGGGAUUCUCAGAGAUAACCAAAAGACUAUAUAUGCGACGUCAGAAACUGUGGACCCAUGUUGAAAUUGUGGGGGGCGGGGGUGGGGGGCAGAUUGAAUUUAAAUUGAGUUGAAAAUGGUAUUUUUAAAACAAAAUUGUUAACUUAUUGAGCUUUUAGCACAUAAUGUGUGUGCAGUUUUCUGCAAAAUAUGUAGGAAAAUAGCAGGGGGGUUCUUCUGACAUAGGCACAUUGGUAAUGCUUGAGCUUUGUGUACCCCAUGAGCUGAAAGUCUGUGCUAACGCUGUGUAGAGGUUCUGUGUACAGUAGAUACUAAAUCUUUUUGUGCAGAAAAUUUUAUAUAUAUAUAUUUUAAUAUUCAAAAUGGAAUCAAACACAGAGCUGAUCAUUCAGAACGGCAUAUUACCAAAUCAAGACGUUCCCACUUGUGUGCUUUAUACAGUAUAUUUUUAUUUUGCCUUCAGUGUAUAUACAGUAGUCUACAGAGUUACAUUGUCAUAACAUCUUAAAUGUAAACUUUUAUCUGCUGUGCACAGCAAUAGAGACUGUCAUCUAUAGAACCAAGUGGGGACAGGGCAAGUUGGUCUAGCAGUAUUUAGAUUGUUUGCAAAAACAGACCUCAAGGAGGGAAGUGCUGGAGUAGCGCUGCUUAGUAAUCACAGCUCUAUGUCUGCCACCUCUAAAACUAAGGGACUGAAGACUCAGGGGACAUGUGCUUCACAAUGGAGUCCUACAACAUUGGGGAAACCUGGGUGGGCCUAGGGCUUGGUUACAGAAGCACAAGAACUGUAACUUUAUUGUGUGUAUCUUUUUUUUUUUUUAUGUUUUUUUUUUUUUUUUUUUUUUAGUGCUAUGUUUCAAGUUCUAAAAUGUGUUCUUUAUCAGAUUACAGUAUUUCAUACCAAAGACGUUAAGUGCCUUAAACGAAAUGUUGCAGCUGUGGGUUUGUCGCGUACCUGACUAAGCACUGAUUUUGUUAUCCAUUUGCAAAAACUAUUUUGACCGCUGUAUUGUUUGGGAACAGUCGGUGGAAAAUCUGGUGCUUUUUGUGUUGCUUGGUUCUCUACCAUAAAGUGUUAAAAACACAUGAACACGAGGGUUUGCUGAUAUUUAAUGUGUUGUAAGUGCAAUAAAUGUGUUUUUAGCGAUUUUUUUUUUUUUUUUUUUACUAUGUAUUACAUAUGAAGUGAAAUAUGGGGUUGGCUAUUCUGAUUGUUUUUGUUUUGUUAUUUAAACCUCUGAACCACUUCUGUGGCAGAAUUUGCACAGUCACUCCUAUGACAAUUCUGAGAUUUCUAGCGAUGUUUGAGGCACUGGAGGACCGGUGUUGCCUGUAGGUAGCUGGCAAGAUCACAUGUAGUAUGAAGCAUGAUGUAAGCAGGAAUGGUCUGAUGUGUACAUUUCAGCAGCAGUCCUGUUUCUCUGCUAAAUGACUGUAAGACUUGACAUAGAAUCUUUUGUAACUCUAAUGCCCCUUAUUAAACAGUGUCUGCUUUUGGGCAAACCCCCUAUAUGUAUUUGUCCUCCAUUUAACAGUGUAAGGGGAGGUCUUUCCUUGAACCCCAUAGUUACCUGUCACUAGGAGCUGAAAUACGCUGUGGGCUAUACGAGUAGGCAGGCAGUUGCCGGUAAUAGCACAGGACAUAAAGCUACCCUACCUUUGCAAAAUGAAGCGCACCCACUCUUCUGUGUUGAAAAGGAGUAGAAGGAUUGAACCCUGCACUGUGAGCUGCAAACUGUCUGCACAUAUAUAGUCUCCAUCUGCAGAUAAUCAUGGGUUGGGACGGAGCAUAGAGGACAGAUGCAUGAAGGGCAUUUUGACUACAAGAAGGCAAUGUUUUCUGAGCAAAGAAUAUGCACACUCCUAUGUCAAUGGAAAGUUGUGUGAGUAGUGUGUUUGAAGGAGGUUUAUGCUGCUACUGCUCGUAAUAGUAAAGACCGUUAUUGAGUGGCUACAAGCUUUCUCCGUUGGUGCCCACGCUACUCACCCUUAAGUAGACAUGUAGGAAGCAGCACAGUUACAUGUGUAGCGGUCAGGCUCUCUGAUGUGGUCUGUAGCUGCCUUGAAGUGAAGACUUUAAUCUGACGCUAAGCAAUUCUGCUUGUCUCCAUGUAUAGCCAACCCUGUGUAUUCUCAUAUUGUAAGAAUCUUCAUAUCUGGUUGUACAGUUGUCAGCUAUGCAAAACUCCCAUUGGUGCUGUUACAAUCACUAUUUUCGUGUCUGUUUCCUUUUCUCUUCUCCCAUAUUGGGUGAUAUUUUUAUUUUUCUAUUUCUUUUCAUUAUUUUUUUUUCCUAAGGAUGAUUUCUUGUUGGCUUCUUUUCUGCUGGAUCAGACUGUAUGAGCUGAGCUGAUAGAAACAGAGGUGACUAGACACCCCAAAAGGAUCUGCUAGGAAUCGUCUUUCUGUGUGUUAUGAGGGGGGUUGGCUGCCUUUCUCAGGGGUAUCAUACUGUAAUAAAGUUUUAUAAAACAA